AUGGGUAAAUCGUCCAAAGGAAAGGGAGGUAAAAACAGAAGAAAGGGAAAGAACGAUAAUGGUGGUCAAAAGAGAGAAUUGAUCCACAAGGAUGAGGGUCAAGAAUAUGCUCAGAUUACCAAGAUGUUGGGUAAUGGUAGACUCGAAGUCACCUGUUUCGAUGGCGAGAAGAGAAUGGGACACAUCAGAGGUAAGUUGAGAAAGAAGGUCUGGAUGGGCCAAGGUGACAUUAUCUUGGUGUCUUUGAGAGACUUCCAAGGUGACCAGUGUGAUGUCAUCCACAAAUACAACUCUGAUGAGGCUAGAACGUUGAAGAACAUCGGUGAAUUGCCAGAGACCGCCAAGAUUAAUGAGACUGACACCUUCGGUGCCGACGAUGACGAAGAAGUCAACUUCGAGUUCGGUGAUAACGAUGAUGAGUCUGAGGACGACGGCGAGUUGGAUAUCGAUGAUAUUUAA